GUCCCUCCCAGUCGUCCUCCAAAGAAGCCUCUUCCUCCGAAGAACAACAACAUGUCGAGUCGACCGUCGUCCCUGCCACCCAAACGCCCAGACAGACCUGAGAGACCAGCUGUACCCAAUAUACCUAGUGACAGUCCGAAGACUGACGGUGUGGCAGCUGACCGAGGCUCUGCAGACAAAUCACUCGAUAUCGAUGUAGAAGACUUCGACUCCGUCGUCUUAUCCACAGAGAAGCUGAACCACCCGACCGCAUCACGGCCCCGGGUGAUGGACCGGCGGCCGCGAUCGCAGAUCUUCACGUCUUCCUCUCUCUCUAGUCCUGACCUCCUGGACUCCCCAUCUCCAGAGGAGGAGAGGAGAGACAAGGAGAUAGGAAAGGAAGAGCAGGACUCAUUCACUCCCAAAACUAUUGACAACUCCAAGAAGAUACCCAAGGCAGUGCCAAUCAUAACAGGUCCUGAGAAAUCGUCUUUACCCCCUAAACCAAGUGUCCCUCCAUCCUCUUCUGGGUCCAGUGGGGCUUCUCUCCACCAGGGCGCCGCUGGUCUGCGGCCCCAUUCCCCUUCCGUUGAUGCGAGAGGGAAGAGUGAACAGGGUUCCACGCUGGACGAGCUCAAAGCACAAUUACGAGACCUGAAAGGAACCGUGGAGCUCAUGAAGAGCCAGCACAAACAAGAAAUCAAGCAGUUGGUGAGUGAACUGGAUGAGGAGAAGAGGAUUCGUAUUUCACUGCAGAUGGAAGUGGAGCAGAUUAAGAAAUCCCUGUCCAAAUGAACUCAAGCAUGCUGGAUGUAUCAGAUGAAGGAUCUGGCUGAGGUUCAACACCACAGCCCGAGUAGAUUGUGCCAAAAAAAAAGAAGAACAAUGUACCAGAACAAUUGCAUAAAGAAAACAUCUGUUUACCCCCCAAAUCACUUGUACUCUUUCAGCUUUCGUUGUUUUAAGAAGCUUAUUUUUGCGUGUUAUGCUCAGAGACUGGGCGCUGACUCACAGACCCGUUGCCCGGGUGUGGCCUUACGGUGGGUCAUGUGAUUAAAGGGUGGCGAUGACCCACACCUGGAGACGGGUGAUAGCGGUUGCUAUGGGGAUUAGCUGGUCUCCUGCACAACUGUGACACAGUUACCCCAUCACCCUCUCUAGUACUGCCUCUGAACGCUAGUCAAAGAACACAUGAAAUGAAGGAGAAAGCAGUGUGUUUUACUUAAAUACUCCUCACCUUAAGUUCUUUUCUUUUGACUUGGAGGCCUUCUGUUAUUUUCUUUAUAUGCAAAGAUGCGUUUGAUUUCACACCCCUUGCGGUUUCCACAUGCAGCAAAACCCACGUUGAGGCCUUGUUUAUUUGGAGCAUAGUCUUACCUAUUUCUUUUACGUUGGUGAUGACAAUGAGAAAACUCACGUUUUGUUUUCUUGACUCGUUUUUUUUUUUUCUUUGAAAUCUUCUAUAUAUACUUUUAUAUUUUAAUGUACUAAAUACAAUAAUGUGUGCAGAUUUUAUUAAAAAAA